AAUUUGGGAUCAGCGCGACACCAGCUAGAGACUCCUUAGUCUCACCACCUUAGAGUGCAUGCACAACGUACAGGAGGCUUUGUACUUGUCAGACUGAUUCUUCCCUGGAUAAAAAUUGUUAUCUUAUCUUAAGAGUAGCCAUGCUGGAACAAACCCAGCAAUCCUUUAGGUCAGUGUAAUGUCAAGAAUAUAGAAGACUUUUAGAGGAAGGCAAAAUGCAUCUGUUCAUCUAUACAUUGCUGAGACCUGAAGUUAAUUAAGGGCAUUUCUUCCUAUGCCGAGCCACAGAAUGUCAGGGCCACAGAGGGGCAGCCACACUAAAUAUAAUCUUCUAAUUACGAUUCCCGUGUGUAUUAUUACUCAGCUGCUGUUGCUGCCUUGACUUGGUAAAAGGUGUCUCCUCUUUAAUCAUGGGGUGGACAAGAUGUCCUGAAAAGCUGUUUAUCGUCCAUCACCUUGGUGUUACUAUGCACUUGCAGUGUUGCAUCUUGAUGGCUGUACUUGGGCAAUUCCCACUUCUGGCUUAACAUCAGUGUGAAUGUUUUUUUUAAUGCUAGAGAGCAUCGCCAAGUGACUAGUACAGGCUGCAGUGAUUUUUCUGCAUCCCAUGCACUCAUUAGUUAUCCGGAUGGCUUAGUACUUUCUGAAAGCAUGGCAAGAAAAAGGCUGUGCUCUUGGAGCUGCUGCUCUGGAGGAGCACCGAGGAUACCAGUGAUUGCCAUAUGGACAUGCCUUUAGUCAUGGUUUAUCAUGAUGUCAUGGUUUGUCUGAGCUGAAAUGGUAUCUCACAGCUUUGAGCUUUGUGCUUUGAGUGUAGUGAAACUCUGCCUUCGGACUCCUUAGGAUCCACCAUACCCUCCAACACACUCAGACAAAAAUCCAUCUGGCUGCUGAGACCAUCCUUUGACGUCUCAGUGAACUCAUCCUGCAGCAAGCUGGGCUUAGCCUGCUUUUGCCAAAGAAAUGCAGAGACAUUUUUAAGACAGCAUCACUUUGGCCCUUGCUAGACUUGUGGGAAUCCACAGCCUCAGCUGGGAGGGUGCUGGGAGGCAGUAAGGGAGUAUCACAAAAAUCUGUUGAGUCACUUUCUGUUUAAAAGAUCUCACAACCCCCGCAAAUGACCCUGACAAGUGAAGCGACACGCUUUAUUAACUCACAGAAAAAUAACAUGGUUCCUCAAUUUUGUUUCUGUCAGUAGUUUCUGACCCGCCUCAUCAAUGAUGUUGAAACCAAUAAAAUGAGAGAUCAUCUAGUGAUGUCUGGCUUUUCUAUAGGGCUGAACCACUUGGUUGGUUGGGGGAAAAAAAUCACCGAGAAAGAAGAAGAAUCCAUUUUUUAAAUCCCUACGUCUGCCAGUAGUUGUUGUAGCCCAUAGCAGGAUAAAUACUUGGGCAAAGACUGAAAGCUUUGCCUGUAGAAAUUCUCAUUGAUGUGUUGCAAAUGAGAUCUGUUGUUACAGAUUCACUCAAGAAGUGGCUGGGUUUGCCAGCCAGCAUCCAAACCCAGUGCAAAAUCCCUGCCAUUCGGGCCAGCCCUUUUUACAGUGCCUUGCUCUAACUGUUUCGAGUCUUGCAUCUUUUCUGCAUUCUUAGCAUUGCUCUUCUUAGAGAGGGAAUGGUAGCUUUUGCUCCGUAACUUACGAAAGCAUGAAUACACUUUAAAAGCAAACAAACACAAAAAUCAGCAUAAAGCAGCGUCUUGCUGGGGAAGCCAUCAAUGCUUGAAGUUAUUAACAAGAUAGAAGAAUGAUGGAAAUUGAGCCAAACCUAUCGUCUUUUGAAUUUCCAGGAGACAGAAAGUUGCAGAGGGAAAAGUCAGAAAAGAAUGUGGAAAAUCAAGAGGACAUGAGGGGGGCACUCCAGCUUGCCACUUUAAAGCAAGGGAAGAGCCCCUACAAGCGCAGCUAUGAUGAGGGGGAAUCCCACCCCCAAACUAAGAAAAAAAAGAUUGAUCUCAUCUUCAAAGAUGUCCUGGAGGCUUCCUUGGAGUCUGCCAAAUUUGAAGAGAACCAGUUAGCAACAACUAUGCCACGUUCCAUCAGAAAAGUAUCUAAAUACCAGGCUGAAGACAUCUUUGAGAGGUGUGGUAGUGCCAUGCAGCACAGCUCCCUGAACCUCAGCAGAAACCAGAGUGAGGGGGAAUGGAAGGUCCCCAGUGGUUCCUCUUUCAGCUCAGCAAAAGACUUGUGCAUCCUUGAAGACGAGGAAGAAGAGCUCCUCUCACUCAAAGCAGACAGCCCAACUGAGCUGUCCCUGGCCUCUGCUCAAGGCAACUCCCACGAAAUCCCUACCACCUCCUACUGCCCGAACUGCAUCCGUCUGAAGAAGAAGAUCCGGGAACUGCAGGCUGAGUUAGACAUGCUGAGAUCUGGGAAGUUACCCGAGCCACCUGUGCUUCCGCCCCAGGUACCCGAGCUCCAAGAGUUCUCAGACCCCACAGCUUCAGAAAGCAUCAUCUCUAUUCCUACCAUCAUGGAGGACGAUGACCAAGAGGUGGAUUCUGCUGAUGAAUCUGUUUCCAAUGAAAUGAUUGCUGCUACAGAUGAGCCUUCCAAGAUGUCUUCUGCGACGGGCCGGAGGAUACGACGGUUCAAACAAGAGUGGCUUAAAAAGUUUUGGUUCCUGAGGUACUCCCCGACAUUGAAUGAAAUGUGGUGCCAUGUCUGUAGACAGUACACAGUGCAAUCCUCUCGGACUUCAGCCUUCAUCAUUGGCUCAAAGCAGUUCAAGAUACACACGAUAAAGCUUCACAGCCAGAGCAACCUCCACAAAAAGUGCCUGCAGCUUUACAAGCUCAGGAUGCACCCAGAGAAGACAGAAGAGAUGUGCCGAAAUAUGACCCUGCUCUUCAAUACAGCCUACCACUUGGCCCUGGAGGGCAGGCCCUACUAUGACUUUCGUCCUCUGGCAGAACUACUGAGGAAGUGUGAACUCAAGGUGGUGGAUCAGUACAUGAAUGAGGGAGACUGCCAGAUCUUAAUCCACCAUAUCGCUCGGGCUCUUCGAGAGGACCUAGUUGAACGCAUCCGACAGUCUCCCUUCCUCAGCAUCAUUCUGGACGGGCAGAGCGAUGACUUACUUGCAGACACGGUUGCGGUUUAUGUACAGUACACGAGCAGUGAUGGGCCUCCAGCAACCGAAUUCCUAUCUCUUCAGGAACUGGGCUUUUCUACAACAGAUAGUUACCUCCAAGCAUUAGACAGGGCUUUUUCCAGCCUGGGAAUACGACUGCAGGAUGAGAAGCCAACUAUUGGGUUGGGAGUCGAUGGUGCUAACAUUACUGCCAGCCUGAGAGCCAACUUGUUUAUGACAAUCAGAAAGACCUUGCCCUGGCUGCUCUGCCUGCCCUUUAUGGUGCACAGGCCCCAUCUCGAAAUACUGGAUGCAAUCAGUGGGAAGGAACUGCCAUGCCUGGAGGAGCUAGAAAACAAUUUGAAGCAACUGCUCAGUUUCUAUCGCUACUCUCCCCGACUCAUGUGCGAGUUGAGGGUCACCGCUGCCACUCUGUGUGAGGAGACCGAGUUCUUGGGGGACAUUCGAGCAGUGAAGUGGAUCAUUGGGGAACAGAAUGUGCUCAAUGCACUAAUCAAAGAUUACCUUGAGGUUGUGGCCCAUCUCAAAGAUGUCAGUGGCCAGACCCAAAGGGCAGAUGCUUCUGCAAUUGCCUUAGCCCUCCUGCAGUUCCUGAUGGACUACCAGUCGAUUAAACUCAUCUAUUUCCUGCUGGAUGUGAUUGCUGUGCUUUCACGCCUCGCCUACAUCUUCCAAGGGGAGUACCUUCUUGUGUCGCAGGUGGAUGAUAAAAUAGAGGAGGCCAUCCAGGAGAUCAGUCGGCUAGCAGACUCGCCUGGGGAGUACUUGCAGGAAUUUGAGGAAAACUUCCGUGAAAGCUUUAACGGCAUUGCUGUGAAAAACCUACGGGUGGCUGAAGCCAAAUUCCAGUCAAUCAGAGAAAAGAUCUGCCAGAAGACCCAGGUGAUCCUAGCCCAAAGGUUUGAUUCCCGUAGCCGGACAUUUGUGAAGGCCUGUCAGGUAUUUGACCUUGCAGCUUGGCCCAGAAGCACUGAUGAGCUCAUGAGCUAUGGAAAGGAGGAUAUGGUACAAAUAUUUGAACAUCUGGAGACAGUCCCAUCAUUUUCCAGAGAGGCUUGCAGAGAGGGGAUGGACACUCGAGGGAGUCUGCUGAUGGAGUGGCGAGAACUCAAGGUGGAUUAUUAUACCAAAAAUGGUUUUAAAGACUUGCUUAGUCACAUUUGUAAAUACAAACAGAGAUUCCCCCUCCUAAAUAAAAUAGUUCAGAUCCUCAAAGUCCUUCCCACCUCAUCGGCCUGCUGUGAGAAGGGGCGCAUCGCCCUGCAGAGAGUGCGCAAAAACAACCGCUCUCGGCUCACGCUGGAGCAGCUCAGUGAUCUUUUGACGAUUGCCGUUAAUGGGCCGCCCAUUGCCAAUUUUGAUUGCAAAAGGGCGCUAGACAGUUGGUUUGAGGAGAAGUCAGGCAAUAGUUACGCACUGUCAGCCGAAAUGCUGAGCAGGAUGUCAUCUCUCGAUCAGAAGCCGAUGUUGCAGAGCAUGGACCAUGGCUCUGAGUUUUACCCUGAUAUUUAGGAAGGAAUGCCUCAGAUCAGAAAGCUGUUGAAUAAUUUUUUUAAUCUAUACCAUAAACUUUGAUAUAUUAUAUAAAAUAUAUAUAUUAUAUAUAUUAAGGAAAGCCCACACUGAAAAUUUAAAAGUUAAGACGAUGUGCGUCUGAUAGAAGCUAAGCAGAAUUUUAAAGAUUGAGACAAUGUUUAGACAUUUACUGGUGUCUCCAACCAUGGCAGCUGCAGUGUAGAUGGCAACAUUUCAUUCUUUAGAAGCAUGUGCUGGGGCCAUACUCUACAUGUUCAAACCUAAUUAUCUAUAAGCUAGAUGACGGGUCUUUGUCAGCCUCAUCCUCCCAGUGGUUUCCUUUGUAUGUGUGUCAUUGGUUUGUUGGAUUAUUUUCUGUGUUGUUUUGUUUUGGGGUUGGUUGGUCGUGGGUUUUUUCCCCCCUCAGUUUAAUCUCUGCAUCUCUUUCCAUUGUUCAGUUCAGUUAUUGAGCCAUAUGAGCCUUUUGUUGACAACUGUCAGGUGUCUGAUUUAUUUCCGAAGAGUAUCCCGUGUGUUUAUACUGCCUCCAGCUCUCUACCUCCACCCAAUUUUCUUUGCUAGAAUGGGAGCUUUCUUCACUCUCACACACGAGUGACAGGAGGGAAAGGCUGGGGGCAUGAUUUGGAGUUUUUCUUCUGACUUGGAAACAAAUGCCUCCACUAAACUGUGAUGCUCCUUUCUCCCUAUUUUUGGGCUGUAGAGUAAUACUUGGCUUUCAGCUCCUUUUACAAUAAUCGUAGUACCAGUCUGUCAUACGUAUAUUAUAACAUGAUGUCACAUGCAGACUAUAAAAUAGCAAAGUAGAGAAGGCAGGGGGAAAUUUUUGCAUUUAUAUUUUUAUAUUGUAGGAGAUAAAAAUAUAUAUAUAUACAACUAUUCAUUCAAAACCAGGGCUGCUGUGGAAGCUAGACAGCCAAUGAGUCAAGAGCCAUCUCUGGGUGGAGAUUCAAAGGCUUAAAAUAUUAUAUUCUAAUUUACUUUAUUUAUACUAUGUCUUUAUAAUCCUAGAUUGUUGUGGGGUUUUGUUUUGUUUUCUUUUCUUUUUUUUUUGGAAUGACUGAAAGAAAAACCUGCUGCGGUUUGGUGGCAGGAGCUAUCAAUGCAAGAUUAUCUUGGAUUAUAUUCAUGUGAUGAUGUCCUACAAAGGUUCACGUAUUUUCUUGUGACCAAGGUAACAUGUUCCACAGCACAGCAGACUGAUGACAGCAGGAAGAAGGGAUACUCUUCUUCUUCCUAUGGAAUAUUUCUUCCUUUCUUGAAGGGAUGCAGAGUCCAACUGAAAUGUGAAGGGAGACUUCCACCUUCCAUCACACAUUGGUCUGUGGGCUUGGGGUUCUUUGUUUUCUUCUUUUAAAGUAAACAAGCCCCAGGCGUUCACACAGUAUCGCUUCAGGUUAGAAGAGAAAAGAAAAAAAAAAAAGCAACAAAAAAAAACAACCAAAAAAUCCACCACACAAACAAAAAAAGGUGCAAAAACUACACAGAUGCUAGUGCCUUGCCCUGCUGAUGUGGCAUGGACAGCACCAACCUGACUAGACCAUCGUGGAAGUGAGAACCUGUUGUCCAGAAGAUGUCCAAUCCAACACAUUCUCACUUCCCAGAGGGUCGAGCUUUGUGCCAAGCUGUGUUGUUUGGAAACAUGAUGGUGGUAUCAGCAACACUGAACCUUUCCUUUCUCCUGUUACCCCCCUGCCCUUGGUCUUGGUGCUAAGAUAUCUCUAGAACCGUUGCUGCUAGUUGAUAGCUUUUCAUUUAUAUAAAUAUAUAUAUAUUAUAUUAUUUUAUUUUUUAAACUUUUUUGUUUGUUUUCAAUGGAGAUGUAGCAUGUUUGGAACCGAUCUCUCUCAGAGUCACUUUCACUGCCAGGGUUCAUGCACUGUCUUCCCCAGGAAAACACGCACUUCUACCUAGGUCUUGCUCACCUCUCACUAACCCCUUUAUCCUCAGCAGAAUUACGCAGCCAGCACCGGGCAGAGGCAUGUAGCCACCCUACUACGUACUGGCUUCGCUUUCAGACCCCACAGGAACAGCUAGUCCGGUGUUGGUCAGAGAUUUGGAAGAGUUUCCCCUCUGUCCCUAUGUGACUGAGGUGGGACUGAACCCACCUGAAGCACUAGCAGUGGUGAUUCCUUGUGUCCUGACUCUGCCCCCCUUUGCUAUAAAACAGGGUUCUUCAGCUGGAUGAUUCAAGGCAGGUGGGGAGGACCCUGUGAAUGUAGCAGCUAGGACUGGGCAGGCAGGAUGGCCUCCGUAGCACUUAAUCCCUUUCCCCUCUGCCUUACCUCAGAUAGUGUGUGCAGCCCAUGGGCUGUCCCGGGCAGGAAGGAGCACCUAUGCCAGGGCCACCCACCUAUUGCCAAACUGGGCACUUCUCCCUGUAGUCCUCAUGGAAGGGGAGGUAGGUCAGGGCAUGGCACCAUCGCAGCACAGGGGCAUCGAUAUGCAACACCUAUCAAGCAAAAAAAUGGCUUUGUUUGCAUUUUUUCCUGUCUUACCUAAUAAAUGCUGCGAUAGAAUUGACCCAUUCAUCCAGAGAAGUAAGGAUUAAACUGGAAACCCUCUACAGACUUGGUUGGCUGUUUGUCUGUUGUAAAAUAGGGACCUCUCCACAUGAGGUACUUAUAGCCCUAGCGCCCUGGUGAAUCAGCUCUUCCCAGGGCGUUGCCACAAAGCUCACGGAGCUGCUCCUUGCUGAGGGGCUGGCAGGAUCUCUCCUCAAUGAAAAUUUGAGGAGAUGUGAGGAGAGAAAAAAGAAAGGGAGAAGAAUUGCUGCUCCGUUAGUCCCUGGCCUGGAGAUGGGCAAGGUGAAUGUAGGUGUUGGAGACAAGGAGUGAAUUGACACACUGGAGGUGAAUGGGCGGGUGGGGGAAGAGUCUUCCUUGUUGAGUGUGCAGGUGGCAGCAGAAGUAACAAAAAAAGAUAUUUGAUGCUGAGCUGCUGUGCAGAAGCUGUAAAGACAGUUUCCCUCCUCCCUUUCUUUUUAUUUUCCUUUUCCUUUGCUUAUUUCCAUAGCUAUUUGGGGGGGGGGAGGAGUCACUUGCCUUUCAGUUUGCAGCAGUGAAGGCUCUUCAGCACAUGACUCUGUCACAGAGGCUCAUCAAAGUGCCUGGCCUACAUGGAGGGAAGAGACACUUGUGGACAGUGUCCAGACACCAUUGCAGAUAAACAUGCUCCCCCAGGGCUUGUGCUGAGCUGCCCAAGAGGCCUGUUUACAGCUCCUGCUCUGAGCCUCUUUACUUUUGCCACUGGGGAGAAAUUGGUGCCUUGCCUUAUCAGCAAGGUAAGAUCUGCUAGAGGCUUGUUCAGUAAUUAUACCUCUAAUUUGUCACUCCUUUCCUCUGGUUUAUUUGCAAAUCCCACUGUUAUCAGUGAUAUCUUUUGCCAGCCACUCUUAUUCCUAAUGGCAGAGAGAAAUAUGGAGCGAGUGGUGUUUUUUUCUCCAGGCAGUCAGCUGGCAGAGGGAAAGUGCUUGUUUCUUUUACAAAUAACUUUUGCCUUCACCUGUGAGUAGUCUUGGUAGGAUUUCCUGCCAUGGGAUGUUGUGGCUACCCAAAAUGGCAAAGGUCAGAGAUCACUUGCAUUGGUGACAGGGGAAACGAGCACUUGGAAGAGCAGCCAGACAGGCCCAGCUCAGCUUCCCCAGCACAAACAAUUUGCCAUCACUCCCACGUCAGAAAAGAAACCCAGCCUUUGUCCUAGGCAAACGCAGGUGCUAUGCAAGCUUUCCCUCUAGGUUUACCUGCCUAUCUCAGAUCUGUAGCUAUUACUCCCAUGGAUAGUUUGUACAUGGAAACGUGACUGCCAGCAUGAGCAAGAGAAGGAGGAGGGAGGAAUAGCAAUGCAAAGUGUCCCUGCCUUCCCAGCGCCCUGCCUGCCCAGCCUUUCCCAGGAGCAGGUGCGUUUCCAUGCCCUGUUCACAAAUCCCAGGGCCCAGCUGGGUAGCAAUGGCAGGCGUGGGGAGGGCUUGGUGUGGUGCAGCAGGGCUCUUCUUGGCUUGGAGGUCACCAUGUGUUGGGUUUAGUACAUGCCCUUCCUGCUGUACUGAGCGAGUGAGAGCAGGUUGUUUGAAUGUGUUGCUCACAGCAUCUUUAACUGCUUCAGGUUUGAAGAGAGAGGGGUGCUUAGUUUUUCUCAGAUGAGCUCUUUAUUCUCUUUGCGCCCCCGGCGUCUUAGCUAGGGUGUCUGACUGUGAAUAUUGCACACUUCUCAAGACCCUCGGGUGUAUAUUUCUAGCCCAUGGUCUUUUUGGUUGCCAGUUUCCCCUCUCCACAUUUUGUUCAGGCUGCUUGCCUCUUUUACCCUGCUGUGAAGCAGAAAUUUGUGAAGCACAGGCAGACAUGUCCUUCUGCAGGGCUCACCGGUGGCCAUAGAGGUCUGGGCCCUCUGGCCAUGAGACAGAACUCAGCAGGGAUAAUCCUCACAGGAGACCAAAGCUCUUCCCAUACCAGCAAAAGCAUGCGAGAGUUAGAGGGGCUUCUAAGGGGAUAUGACAGGCAGAAUCCCACUGUGUCAUCUGUGUUGCGUCUCGAGUUGACCUCUGUGCUGGUCAUGCUUUUGCUGAUACAGCUCCUCAGACAUGAUUCAGGCGCAGUCCAUCUCUUUCUCACAGCACAAACUCAACCAGGUGGCCCACAGGGUCUUCAGGGUCCCCUUUCUUUCUUAUCUCAUGAGGACUGCUGUUUGACCAGUGAGUAAGACAACCUAGACAGCCGGCUUGCAAAUCAGCAGCUACAGCCUCUGCUUUUGCAGAUUCUCCUCUCGGCCCUGUCUUAAAAGCAGAGAAAUGGUACAUUGCUCCCCCAGCCAUUGUAUUCAAUGCAGUAAUGCCUAUGCAAUUCCCGUCUCCCUUGGAGACAUGUAUGAUGUGUGUGCAUGUAAGCUAGUGUAUGUAUACAGUACAUAUGCAUACGGUCUAUAUAUUGUAUAUACGCACAUCUCAGUACUUAUACACACAGUACAAAAAAUAAAAUCACAUGCUUAUAUAUCUAUAAAUAAAAUCCUAUAUAUUUAUAUUUCUCUAUGUUUUCGAUAGAUAUAAAGAUAUAAUAUAGACUCAACUACCCUUGUGUAAGGCUGGCCCUGUGUUCUGACGCAAGGCACAUUAACACUGAAGACUUUGGACUUUGGGAUAGUUUUAGCCGUACACUGAGGCCUACAUUUACGUUUAUAGCACUCUAUGGAGAGGGGCUUUGCUGCGGUUAGGGCAAGGGGUUUCCUUGCUGGCACGUUAACCAAGUGCUAAAUAAGGUUUGUGUAAUAGGGGAAUGUCUUGGUGGAGGAAAAUGCUCCAGUGUCCAUGUCUUCUCCCGAGUAAGCCUGUGGCUGAGGUCCUGUGUGUUCACACUCGGACAGAUACAUAUCCCUCUCUCAUAUGCACUUUUCUCUCUCUGCAUGGAUGCAGUUGGCAACUGCAGGUACCGGUGCUGUGAAAACGUGGCGUUCUGUGCUCUGCCCAUCAUCCCUCAGCAGUCACGGGCAUGUUGCCAGGGAGACCCCAGGCUGGCAGGCGCUCGCGAGUGUGAAUGUGGGUUUGCUCACGGGCAUCAAUCGGUGACACAGCCGUGGUGCUGGGAUAAAGGCAGCAGAAAAGCAAAGGCUUUGCUAAGUGAAGGGAGGGUCGCUGCCGCACCGCCAAGGGUGGCAGGGAUGGUGUAUGGAUCUGGAGCAGCACAAAUAAGAAGGGACUGUGAAUUCAGAGCAAUAAGGAUGGGAGCAUGCAAGCCCUGUUGGGUAGGCAUGUGCAGCUCUUGGGUCAGGCUGGCUGCUGCUCUGCUGCAGGAGCUGCUCUGCUCCCUCAGGUCUCACAGCCGCUCCUUUGCUGGUGAGCAGCCUGCCUGGCCAAAGGCCUGAGUGUUUUUUCUGGAGGGAAGGGGUCAAUGUGAUUGCACAGAAGACCUGGUCAGCAGCACGUCUGUGCCUUCGGGCCCCCCACUCACAGCACGAUGACCUUGCCAGACUGAGGCACCGAAGGGUGCAACCCUCUUGGCCCUGCCGGGGCAAAGAGAUACCUAUUUUUGCAUGAUAGGCAUUUCCGUGCCAGGACUAAGGGUGGAUCCAGGCAGUGGUUCAGCUUUCUCUGAGUGUCAGCUGAUGCCUGCCAGACAGACAGCGGCCUCAUCCCUCCAUCCCUUCUUUCGCACAGCUGCUUGUAGGACACUGGCCCCACCGCGGGGUGAAGCCUUUGGUUGGCAUCUGGGGGGACCUGAGAGGUGCCUCUGGCCGGGCUGGCAGUGGGUGGUGGAUCACCACACUGCUUCCCAGUGGGGGUUAAGAGGAAGGCAUGGAGAUUUGGCUUUGCAGCUCCACACCAGGCCUGGCAACCACUGCACUUCUCGCCAUUUAACUAUUGGCUUCGGUUGGGAGGAGGAUGAGUUGUAAAUCUGACAGCCGAAUGACUCGUUACACUGGUAUUGCAUGAGCAGAUGCUGUGCAAGCUCCCCCCAAGCCCUGUCACACACCUCAGUGCCCUCUCCCAAGCCUCUCUCCUCCACACAACUGGUAAUCCACCUCAGCCGUAACCCACACGCUGGUGACUCCCCACUGUUGUGGCCCUAUGGCCAUGCAGCGCUGGUGGGGAGGUCCCUGGUACAUGUUUCUUACAAACCUCAGAGACUGUUCCUGCUCCCAGUCCCCUCCUUUGGAUGCCACUGACACUCACGCAGGCUCAGCCCACUCGCCCAUGCUGGCAGUGCUGCCGCCCAGCGAGGGACUGCCCUGCACUGCACCUCAUGUCGAAUAAGCUCACUGGGCUAUGUGGGGGAACCAUGUCUCAUAUGCUGUAAUGUCCUGAAUGCUAUAGGAGGGCUACAGAGUUUUCUGCCAGUCAUGGCAUCCUCAUAGACUCACCCGACUGUUGGCAAAAAUGCAUUUCUACUUCCAGAAAACAGAAAGUUUUAUCUCAAACCUCUCCAUAUCCACACCCAAGCACAGCCCUGCUGAAUUGUUUCAAGCAAUUUCUCACCCACCCACCCAUACACACACACACACACAAUGAGAGAAAAAUAUCUAGACGUCUAUUACUACAUAUGUAUUAAUAUGUUAAUAUCACUCUUUUGGAGAACAUUAAAAUGUUAUUACUUUACAGACUAUGCUUUAUAGUACCUGUGUGAAAGGACCUAGGACACUGGAUACGAAUAGAGCUAUGUUGAUAUAUCAUAGUAUGUACACGAGAACCUUCCUUUUGUCAUAUUAUCCUUGUAAUGUAAAAUGAUUGUUAAUAAAAAAACAUUUAAAUUUA